UUUCUGUGUAACAGAACAGGUUUUGUUUCUGUGUAAAAACAGCUCCACCUAUCAGACGUUCAUAUUAUUAGUCUCACCAGUGCCUGACUGCAGUGUGGACAUCAUGGUCUCUCCAACAAUGAUAACAGCUGCAGUCGGAGCAGCUUUCUCCGUGCUGUUGACUCCAUUUGUGAUUUCGUCUGCUGGUUUUACCUCUGGUGGUAUUGCUGCAGGAUCCAUCGCAUCAUCAAUGAUGUCGUCAGCAGCCAUUGCUAAUGGUGGCGGUGUGGCAUCAGGAAGCCUGGUCGCUACCCUGCAGUCUUUGGGUGCGGCGGGUCUUACUAAAGCAGCCACAGCUGGCGUGGUAUCUGCAGGAGCCGCAGUUGGCGCAGCAGCUGGAUGGGUGGCGAGGAUGUUCAUUCGCUGAUGCCUUGUUUUCAACACAAGAAAAAAGCUGGAAAAAACAACUUUUCCUAAAAUGUUCUUGCUUGUUGCUUAAAUAAACUUUAAUGCGUCAUCCCA